ACUGUAUAGUGGAGUACCCACUCCCACUCCACACACACAGUACACAUUUUCUUUCUAUAGCUUUCUUCAUAGUUAUUACAGACUCAUUACAUUCAAUAACUGAUUCCCACCUACCGAAUUUCCCUUUUUUUUUUUUAAUUUAAUUAUUUAUAUAGAGGAAUCAUUUGUGAUGCUAGUGACCAAUUCCCUUGAGAAGAUGGCCAUUCCUUUACUCUUGUCUCUUUCAUUUCCUCUCUUCGCAUUUAUUACCUAUUUUACAUUGUAGACUUGUAGUGUAGUGUCAUCUUCUUUACAGUUAACGAAAUAAAAAAAAAAAAAAUUGGGGUUGGCUUGAUUGGAAUUGGAUUUUUUCCCCCAAUUACAAUUUCUUGAUUCUUUGGUGGGUUUUAGUUAAAAAUUUGAUCUUUGUUCUUGCCCAUUUAUUUCUCAUAUUCUCUUUGUUGGGAGUGUUGUAAUUGGUUGUUUUUUUUCCUAUGUUUCUGUAAUUUUGUGAGCCCAAUUAGCACUUCUUGAAUGUGCUGUGUUGUAUUACAAAGAAUGCAGACCGUUUGUUUUGUGUUGAUGCUGUUACUGUUACUACUAGAAUUGACAGUGGGAGAAUCAGACAUUGAUGCACUUCUGCAACUCAGAAGAGGAAUCCACACAGACAAUUCAGUUGAAGUUCUUGCUUCAUGGGAUUCCAACUCACUAGCAUCCGAUGGUUGUCCUAAGAAUUGGUACGGCAUCGCCUGUAGCAGCGGCCGCGUGACUUCGAUCGCGUUGAACGAUUUAGGCCUAAUCGGGGAAUUCGAUUUUCUCGCCGUUUCGUCACUCCAAAUGCUUCAGAACUUAUCUUUGUCUAAUAAUCAGUUCAGUGGAGCCAUCGCAAAAGAAAUCGGUUCGAUUCAAUCACUGCAAAAUUUAGACUUUUCGCGAAAUUCGUUCGCGGGUUCGAUCCCUUCUGAAUUGACUGCGUUGGAAAACUUAGUGGCGUUGAAUGUUUCGUCGAACGAAAUGGUGGGAGAGAUUCCAUCUGGUUUCGGUAGUUUAAAGAAGUUGAAGUUUCUUGAUUUUCACUCCAACGGUUUUGUGGGAGAUGUGAUGGGAAUUUUGGGUCAAUUGGGAGAUGUGGCGUACGUUGAUCUAAGCGUUAACCGUUUUUCGGGCUCGUUGGAUCUUGGAGCAGGGAAUCCCGAUUUUAUUUCUUCGGUUAAUUAUCUAAAUGUUAGUCAUAAUAACUUGAGUGGCGAGCUAUUUCCUCACGAUGGAAUACCGUAUUUCGACAGCCUCGAGGUUUUUGAUGCUAGCGACAAUGGUUUUCUUGGAAAUUUACCGUCGUUCAGUUUCGUGGUUUCGCUCCGAGUUAUUAAGCUCGGCAAUAAUCAGUUAUCGGGGUCGUUGCCUGAAGGCCUUCUGCAAGAGAGCUCAAUGAUCUUGUCUGAAUUGGAUCUAAGCCAUAAUCGGCUCGAAGGUCCGAUUGGAAGUAUAAGUUCGGAGAAUCUAAGGAAUCUAAAUUUAUCCUCGAAUCGUCUGUCGGGCCCACUUCCUAUAAGAAUAGGACAUUGUGCCGUUAUAGAUCUUAGCAACAAUAUGUUCUCAGGUAACCUCUCGAGAAUCCAGAGUUGGGGAAAUUAUAUCGAAAUUAUUGACUUAAGCUCUAACAAAUUGACCGGUUCCUUACCGAACCAAACAUCCCAGUUCUUGAGGCUCACUUCGUUAAGAAUUUCCAACAACUCGUUAGAAGGCGUUCUUACACCCGUACUAGGAACUUAUCCGGAACUAGAAAAUGUCGAUUUUAGCGUCAACAAGUUGACCGGUUCACUCCCACCGAUACUAUUCACCUCAACAAAGCUGACCGAUGUUAAUUUAUCUUCGAACAACUUUUCCGGUACGAUACCUAUUUCCGAUGCAUCGGGCCCACCACAAAACUACAGCUUGGCAUCUCUCGAUCUGUCGAAUAAUGAACUUACUGGUAUAUUGCCUGACGAGCUCGGAAGGUUCCGGAGCAUUGUGUUUCUUGAUCUUUCCAAGAAUCUUCUAGAUGGCGGCAUCCCGAACGGUUUACCGGAAACAAUGAAGGGGUUUAAUGUAUCGUACAAUAAUCUCUCGGGAGUUGUUCCUCAGAGCUUGCAGAGAUUCACUUCUUCGUCUUUCCGCCCCGGAAAUUACUAUCUUACCCUUCCAAACGAGGCUUCCUCAACUAAAGGUGGUAAUAGUAUAAGUUUGAAAGGGCAUAAUUCUCGAUUGAAAUCCGCAAUUAGAGCUGCCCUUAUUGCUGGCCUGGUAGGUGGAGUAUCGGCAAUAGUUUUACUAGCGUUAAUGAUCUACUGCAGAGUCAACCGAGACGGGAAUAAGUCAACUCCGAGAGAAACCGGUGGAAAGAAAGUUUUAUCUUCCGCCGGAGUAGAAUCUGCCGCUCAGUCCGGUGAUGUUUUACCAGCUGCAACGAGCCCGAAAGAUACCGAAUCAAGAAUGAAAACCGAAAUUUUAACUUCGGAAAAUAAUGCACCGGAAAAAUUGGCGGGAGAUUUAAAUCUUUUCGACAGCUCGUUGAAGCUGACCCCGGAAGAGCUAUCUUCCGCCCCGGCGGAAGCUAUAGGUAUGAGCUGCCACGGUACGCUGUACAAGGCGGUGCUUUCCUCCGGCCAAGUGCUGGCGGUGAAAUUGCUCAAAGAAGGAAUAGCCAAAGGCAGAAAGGAGUUUGCUAGAGAAGCGAAGAAACUAGGGAAUAUUAGGCAUCCGAAUCUAGUGUCUCUUCAGGGAUUCUAUUGGGGUCCACGCGAGCACGAGAAGCUGAUCAUAUCGAAAUACGUCGACGCUCCUUGUUUGGCUCUCUAUCUUCAUGGGCCAACGGAUUCAAGAACAACCCCUCCUCUAUCUCUUGCCGACAGGCUAAAGAUCGCGGUGGAUGUAUCCGGCUGUCUUACGUACCUACAUACAGAAAGCACCAUACCUCACGGCAACCUCAAAUCCACAAACAUUCUAAUCGAAUUUCCCGACAUAAACGUGCUCUUAACCGACUACACUCUCCACCGGCUACUAACGCCGUCCGGAAUAUCCGAGCAAGUUUUAAAUGCGGCCGCUCUAGGCUAUCUGCCGCCGGAGUUCACCACCACCAGCAAGCCUUGCCCUUCGCUCAAGAGCGAUGUAUAUGCGUUCGGAGUUGUGUUGUUGGAGCUUUUGACCGGAAGAAGCUCGGCCGAUAUUAUACCCGGGACACACGAGGUGGUGGAUCUAUCGGAGUGGGUGGGGUCCAUGGCUGCGGAGGAUCGGGCCUUCGAGUGCUUUGAUCGGGCCUUUGUGGGCCCGCAGCAAGUGGUUACGGAGAGUGUCGGGAGGAAUCUUGAUUUGAUGCUUUGCGUUGCUUUGAAGUGCGUGCUUCCGGCCGAUGAACGGCCUGAUAUGAAGGUGGUUUUCGAGGAGCUUUCUUGUGUGGUGUUGUGAUUGGUGGACGUAGGAAGUUGGGGAAUUUUUAUUGAGAUUUUAGUGUAGGGUAUUUUUUUUAAUUAAUUUUUAUUUAUUUAAUUGUUUUGUGAUUAAUGAGUAGGGUUGUGUAGGUGGAAUUGAAUUGAUUCUUUUCAGUUGGCCAAAAUUCAGAUUCUUGUACAUUGUUACUUGAUCAUUCUUUUUAGUCACUAUAAAGUCAUUGUUACUUG